CUUCCCCACCUCUCCUCCGCAAAACCAUCACCCUUCACAAAUAUCCCCCUCCUUUAAUGGCCGCUGUUCGUACCACCUGCUCCUCCCUACUGGGUAGGCCUGCAAUCAACGCUUUGUCUCGUGCCAUUGGGAGAGUCUAUAACUCGUCCUCAUCUUCAUCCUCAACAUCUGCCAUAUAUUACAAGGCUCUUCACCGCCGCGUGAAUCCUUUGCCUACGGCUGAUCCCCCAGCAUGGUCAGCUUCUGCAGCAGUUUCUUCAAUUCUCUACGAGACUCCGCUACCUUCGUCCAAUCCUCCAAAGCGCCAUAUCUUGAAUUGCCUUGUUCAAAACGAACCGGGUGUUCUCUCGCGGGUUUCGGGUAUCCUGGCAGCCAGGGGAUUCAACAUCGACUCACUAGUCGUUUGCAAUACCGAGGUUCCCGACCUUUCCCGCAUGACAAUCGUCCUAAGCGGGCAGGACGGGGUGGUGGAGCAAGCCAGGCGACAGCUGGAAGAUUUGGUUCCUGUUUGGGCUGUUCUAGAUUACACUGCAGCACCUCUCAUUCAACGUGAACUUUUGCUUGCGAAAGUCUCUAUCCUCGGCCCGGAAUAUUUUGAAGAGUUGCUGGCUCACCACCGCGAGAUUACAGCGGAAAAUGUAGAGGCACUUGGUGAGCAUGGGGUUGCGCCCGGGGACGGCGAUUACCACCCCUCUAAGCUUCCAAUUUCCCAAGCAUUGAGGCAUAAACACCAACAUCUUCAUGCUGUCACUCAAUUAACCCAUCAGUUCGGUGGAAAGGUGUCUGAUAUCUCCGAAAAUAACUGCAUCGUGGAGCUGUCAGCAAAGCCGUCCCGAAUUGAUGCGUUUAUGAAGCUUAUUGGGCCGUUCGGUAUUCUCGAGUCUGCAAGAACGGGGUUGAUGGCGCUGCCACGAUCUCCUCUACAAACGAGAGCCGAAGAAAUUGAAGUCAAGGAUGCCGGUGAUGUGGUGGAUGCUAGUACACUCCCUCCUGGCUAAGCCAUAGAUACCUUUUGCCUCUUGGGGGGGACCAAAUCCGUAAUCAAAAUCCCCCCUGUCUACUAUAUCAGCUGCCGACGAACUUGAGAUAGACGAGGCUCGAGUUUUAGUAUUUCCCAAAGGGAGAUCAAAUCUUGAGCGUAAUUAAGAGCCUCAUGUUAGUGAAUAGAAAAUGUUAACAUGCGCCUAGUAUGUGUGCGGGUAAUAAAUUGUAUGUUUUUUAAAUG